AUGUCCGACCCCACCGGCGGGACGCAGACGCGGCCGCCGGCGCGCGCCGCCGGCGGCGGCGGGAACCGCGCGUGCUUCAAGUGCGGGAAGACCGGGCACUGGAGCCGCGACUGCGUCGCCCCCAGAGAGGAGUGGAUCCCGCGCGAUCAGCAGCCCUCGGGCGCGGACGCGGACGCGGAGGCGGCGAUGAACGACGCGGAAGGAGGCGGCGCGAUGGGGGGCGGCGCGGGCGGCGCCCCCGCGGUCAAGCUCACCAAGUCCGGGAAGCCGUCCACGAGGAAGCCGAAGUUCACGGUCGUCGAUCACCUCCUCGGUCCUAACGGGAUCGCGUACGUCUACAACGUCAUACCGGAGAAGUAUAAGGCGCGUUCUAUACACUGGUUCCCAUACGACCGCGUCGGCGUGGCGAUACGCAAAGGCCCGGGGCACGAGCUCGGCGACUUCGCGCGCCUCAUGAGUCUGUACCGCGAGUGGACGACGCUGAUGUACCCGUACGCGCCGCACGAGGAGGUGAUGAAGAAAGUCGAGCGCCUGAAGAAGACGCGCGAGGUUCGCGCGUGCAUCGCGGAGCUGAAGGAACGCGACCGGAUCGCAAACGGCGGCGACCCCGCGGACGCGCCGGCGCCGGAGGAGGACGGCGACGUCGUCGACGGCGAGGACGUGUUCUUCCCGGACGAGGACUCGGACGACGACGUGCCGGGUCACGAGGGGAAGGAGGUGGAAGAGGAGGAGGAGGAGUGGAACGCGGCGAAGCACGCGGGGGACGAGGAGGAGGAGGAGGACGACGACCUCGCCGCGUUGAUGGAAACGGAGCGCGGCGGCGGCGGCGGCGACGACGACGACGACGCCGGCGCCGCGGCGGCGGCGAAGAAGAAGAAGAAGAAGAAGCCGAGAGGUCCCCGGGAGACGGACGAGGAGAUGUUCGCGCGCGAGGAAGCGCGCGCGGACGAGAUCGACCGCGCGCGGCGCGAGGGCGCCGUCGACGUGAACUUCGACGAGAGCUCCUCUGACGACGACGACGACGACGUCGUCAUCGCGGCGCCGAGGUCGGGACGCGGCGCGCGCGGGGAUGCGGCGACGCGCGGGAAGGCGGUGAAGAAGAUCAAGGAGAAGGUCGGCGGGAGGAAGAAGAGCAAGAACACGCUCGAGAAGGAAGCCGCCGCCGCGGAGAAGGCGGCCGCGGAGAAGGCGGAAGCGGAAGCCGCGGACCCGACGCGGCGGAAAAAGCUCGGCCGCGCGCGCGCCAACGCGUCGGACGACGACGACGACGACGACGACGACGCGGGCGCGGCCGCCGCCGAAGACACGAGACGCCGCCGCCGCGUCACCGCGAUCGAAGACAGCGACAGCGACAGCGAGUCCGACCCUCGGACGCGCAUUCCCGCGGAGAACGGCGGGGACUUGUUCGUGCCGUCUCCGAGCAAGUACACGGUGCCCAAGUUUCUUUACGAGAGCGACGGCGGCGACGACGUGAAGGAGGAGGAGGACCCUAGCGACAAGGCGGAGAAGAAGCGCGACGCCGCGGCCGCGGACCUGGGCGAGGGCGACAAGGCGUGA